AUGUCCCAAGUUCCGGGCACCCACGUUGAGAACGAGCUUCGAGCUAUCUGCAGUUUGACAGACAAGCGCCUCGAAUGGGAAGAGAUAUCGAGGGAUCGGGUCGAAGAAUUAGAGCGCAAGCUAAAGGAGGACCAGGUUGUGUACAACCAAACACGCGACCAUUGCGCAUAUAUGGGAGCCAUUAUUGCAGACUUGGAAAGAACAAGACUGCAGCAAGAGUCCGCCCUUGACCAGGUCACAGAACACCAAUGGCUUUUAAGUCAAGACCUUAUAAAGGAGAGAAAAAGGGCGGAUGACUUGGAAAUUCGUCUGGAGAAACAGCACCUAGUUAACGAGGCUUUGUUACGGGCCAUAGCUCAGAUUGGACACAGUGACACCAGCUCUUUGAAUAUUCAGCAUGUUCUCCUUCAGAAUGAGUGGCAACGUGAGCUGAUCUCCACUCUUCGAUCCGCGUUGAACGCACGUGAAGAAACAGUACGCUACCUACAGAUGGCUUUAAGGGGGGAUUCGCAGGACACUGGUCCCGAGUGCUGCUGGGCUUGUGAUACUGAAAGCCGCCCAAGCGAGCCAACCUCACCUCCAACCAUACAGCUCAUCCCUAACAGCAACAACUGUUCAAACACGCCACGGUAG